GGCCGUCUUAAAAAAAAUAUUGUCUGUGGUUUCCUUCUCGGUCUUCGAGAGAUCAGAGUGUCACUGAAAAUUUUACGAAAAUCGUUUAAAUAAUGGCAUCGAAAGGCUUAGCACAGCCUCUAAUUCGAUAUAUUACGAAAAAGAGCUAUGGAACGGCUGUAACGCCAGCGUUAAAGGAGGCUAGGAUUCAAUGUACAGUGCUACCCAGUUGCACCUUUGUUGCUGCUCUAGAUAAUGGAUCCCCAGUUACAAGAAUCACCGUCGCUUUCAAGGCUGGGUCCCGUUAUGAGCCAGUGACUGAGCCCGGAAUCUCUCACGUGUUGCGGGCUGCAGCCGGGCUGACCACUGCGCACUGCAGCCAAUUCCUCACUGCUCGUCAACUUGCACAGAUUGGAGCCAAUGUCACUGCAUCUGGUGAUCGGGAAUUCUUGUACUACACUCUUGAAACUACUGGUGACCACUUGGGAGAGGCCAUGGAUUACUUUAACAACAUGAUCUCUGGGCAAGAGUUCAGACCCUGGGAAUUAUCCGACAUGGCACCCAAACUGCGUUACGAUAUUGCAUCCUUGUCUCCUCAGGUGCGGGCCGUGGACCUGUUGCAUAAGGCGGCCUUCCGCCGUGGUUUGGGUAAUUCGCUGUACUGUUCACCUAAAAGGAUUGGCAGUUACAGUUCAGAAUCCUUGCAACAUUACGCAUCCUCUUCUCUCACGCCAAACCGAUGCGCUAUUACUGUCGUCGGGGACUGCCAGGAUAAGGCAGUGCUCCUUUCUCAAGCGUUGAGACUACCUUCUAGUGGUGCUGAGGCUUGUACUGAAAAGACUCAGUACUAUGGAGGAGAACAUAGGAAGGAGACCGCUGGUGAGGUGGCACACAUUGCCGUUGCUUUACCGGGCGCGGCUUCUGGUACUCCGCAAGCUCUCGCUUUUGCUAUUGCCGCUAAAGCUUUGGGCUCUGGACCUGUUUGCAAAUGGGGUGUCGACCAGUCACCGCUGGCUAGAGCGAUUGGCAAUAUUGGUCCAUUUGCUGUUGCUGGUUUCAACGCUUCCUACUCAGAUGCUGGUCUUAUAGGAUUCGUUCUUAGCGUGCCUAAGGAUGAAGCGGGCGUUGCUGUUAAAGCAGCAGCCAAUGUGCUGAAGGGUGCAAAAUUAAAUGCAAAGGACAUCAAAGCUGGCAAGGCUGCACUAAGAAAUCACAUUCUAACUGAAUUUGAGAAUGGCACAACAUCCGCCGAGUCUCUAGCGGCUCAGGGUCUCUACACUGGCAUUGCUAAGACCUCAGCCGAUUUGGCCAACGAUGUCAAUGCUAUCUCUGACAACGAUGUUCUGUCUGCUGUCAACUCUGCCGCCUCUUUUAAACUCUCCAUGGCUGCAGUCGGAAACCUCGCAUUCGUUCCAUUUGUAGAUGAACUAUAAUUAGAAAAA